CACUUUGUCUUCUCCUCCUCAACUCCAUCCUCAAAACCCAUUUCGCACCCCCACACAUACUAGUAUUAUACUCCUACGAGAGAGAGAGAGAGAGAGAGAGAGAGAGAGAGAGAAUGAAACCCCCAUUAUUCUUGUUCAUCUCUCUCUUCUUGUUCGUCUACAUUACUAUCCAAGCAGCAGCAGACAUUUCACCAGGCUCAGCCCUCUACGCCUCAAACCCAAACCAGUCCUGGACCUCCCCCAACAACACCUUCUCCCUCCGCUUCAUAUCCUCCGCCUCCUCCGCCGCCUACUUCGCCGCCGUCACUUACUCCGGCGGUAUCCCCGUCUGGACGGCCGGCCCCGCCGACUCCUCCGCCUCCCUCAGCUUCCUCCCCGACGGCAACCUCCGCCUCCUCAACGGCUCCUCCGGCAACCUCGUCUGGCAGUCCGGCACCGCCGGUCUCGGCGUCUCCUCCGCCGCCCUCGACGACUCAGGUAACCUCCGCCUCCUCAACGGCACCGUUUCCAUCUGGUCCACCUUCGAUAACCCAACCGACACCAUCGUGCCAUCUCAGAAUUUAACAGUUAAUAAUGUCUUGCGAUCUGGGUUGUACUCUUUUGCCCUUUUAAGGUCUGGGAAUUUAACCUUAACGUGGAACGACUCGAUUUUGUAUUGGAAUUUGGGUUUCAAUUCGUCUACUAUUACGAAUUUGACAUCGCCCAGUUUAGGGCUUCAGUCAAUUGGGAUUUUAUUAGUUGCUGAUUCGAACAUAUCUAGCCCUGUGAUUGUUGCUUACAGCAGUGAUUACGCUGAAGGGAGUGACAUACUUAGGUUUUUGAAACUGGACAGUGAUGGAAAUUUGAGGAUUUAUAGCUCGGCUAGGGGUAGUGGAACUCAAACUGAGGGAUGGGCGGCUGUUAGUGAUCAGUGUCAGGUUUUUGGGUAUUGUGGGGAUCUGGGUAUUUGUAGUUACAACGAUUCGAGUCCGAUUUGUGGGUGCCCUUCGGAGAAUUUCGAUCCGAUCGAUCCCAAGGAUAGUAAGAAAGGGUGUAAGAGGAAGGUGGAGAUUGAGAAUUGUCCCGGGAGUGCGACUAUGUUGGAAAUAGAUCAUGCGAUGUUCUUGACGUAUCCUCCAGAGCUGUCUUCCGAGGUUUUCUUCGUUGGUAUGUCCGCGUGUAGGUUGAAUUGUCUUGUGAGUGGCUCUUGUGUUGCCUCCACCUCGUUAUCAGAUGGGACGGGGUUGUGUUACUUGAAAAACCCAAAUUUCAUAAGCGGGUAUCAGUCGGCUGCUCUUCCGAGCACUUCGUAUGUCAAGGUGUGUGGCCCCAUAGUCCCAAACCCUUCUGUGUCUUCGUUGAGUGUUGAACAUUCCAUUGGUUCGAGGUUGAAGGGUUGGAUUGUUGCUGUUGUGAUUAUAGGUACGAUAUUGGGUUUGGUCACGCUGGAGGGAGGUUUGUGGUGGUGGUGCUGUAGAAAUAGCACCAAAUUUGGUGGUUUGCCGGCUCAAUAUGCUCUUCUUGAGUAUGCCUCUGGGGCUCCGGUCCAGUUCUCGUAUAAAGAACUACAACGAGCCACAAAAGGUUUCAAGGAGAAGCUUGGAGUCGGAGGAUUUGGGGCAGUUUAUAGAGGUGUUCUUGUGAAUAGAACUGUUGUUGCGGUGAAACAACUAGAGGGAAUUGAGCAGGGGGAGAAGCAGUUUAGGAUGGAGGUUGCAACUAUAAGUAGCACCCACCAUUUAAAUCUGGUGAGGUUGAUAGGGUUUUGCUCUGAAGGACGUCACAGGCUUCUGGUAUAUGAGUUCAUGAGAAACGGAUCCCUUGAUAAUUUCCUCUUUACAGUUGAAGAACAAAGUGGGAAAUUCUUGAAUUGGGAGUACAGGUUUAAGAUAGCCCUAGGGACUGCAAGGGGUAUGACCUACCUUCAUGAGGAGUGUCGAGACUGCAUCGUGCACUGCGACAUAAAGCCAGAAAACAUUCUUUUAGAUGAGAAUUACAACGCCAAAGUCUCAGAUUUUGGCCUUGCAAAACUCAUAAAUUCGAAAGACCAUAGAUAUCGGACAUUGACAAGUGUCAGGGGGACUAGAGGGUAUCUGGCUCCCGAAUGGCUUGCGAACCUCCCGAUAACAUCAAAAUCGGAUGUUUACGGUUUUGGUAUGGUUUUGUUAGAGAUAGUGAGCGGUAGAAGGAAUUUUGAAGUAUCCGAAGAAACAAGUAGGGAAAAGUUUUCUAUUUGGGCAUACCGAGAAUUCGAAAAGGGAAACUUGAAGGGAAUCGUUGAUAAAAGACUUACAGAUUUUGAAAUGCAUAUGGAGCAAGUGGUUAGGGCAAUCCAGGUGAGUUUUUGGUGCAUACAGGAGCAACCAUCACAGCGGCCAAUGAUGGGAAAAGUGGUUCAGAUGUUAGAAGGGGUUACCGAAGUUGAAAAGCCACCAGUCCCUAAGGCCGUGCCUGAAGGGUCAGUUGGUGAGGCCAGCUUCAACGGAAACAGUAGUGUCAGUGGUCUCUCUGCAUUUCGAUCUUCUGCCCCAGCUCAGUCUUUGUCACUGCCGCGCCGAAUUUUGACUUUGGAGAGGACUUCUUCUUCUGUUUCGUAUUAGAAAAAGUGACUUUGAAGGUAUAAAAUUGGAAGGUGUUAAGGUGAUGAAAAGGCUUUGUUUAGAAGUAUACUUUUGCAAAGUUCUGAUAGUGUUCUUGUCAUUUUGAUUCUCAUGUUGUGUAUGUUUGGAGUUUGUCUGUCAUCGCAGUUAAGAUCUUUGUGCAUGUCCACUCUUUAUUGCAGAGGAGGAAUUGUAAUUAAUGACAUGCAUUCUUGUUUGA